UUCUUCUCCGCCAUCGCCACCUGAACAACCAGGGUCAGCUGAGAGCAGGCUGUGACUCUACGUCCUCAAUCACCAGCCCUUCUGAUUCCCACAAUGAGCUCUCCGGUGCAGCCAGAUGGAGUGGCCGGACGGGAGCAGCUCUUGGCUCAGCAAAGAAUGCACAGUAUGAUCAGCUCAGUGGACGUGAAAUCAGAGGUUCCUAUGGGACUGGAGCCCAUCUCACCUUUAGACCUAAGGACAGACCUCAGGAUGAUGAUGCCUGUGGUGGAUCCUGUCGUCCGCGAGAAGCAACUGCAGCAAGAGUUACUUCUUAUCCAACAGCAGCAGCAAAUCCAGAAGCAGCUCCUGAUAGCCGAGUUUCAGAAGCAGCACGAGAAUUUGACAAGGCAGCAUCAAGCACAACUUCAGGAGCACAUCAAGUUACAACAGGAACUUCUAGCCAUAAAACAACAGCAAGAACUCCUAGAAAAGGAGCAGAAACUGGAGCAGCAGAGGCAAGAACAGGAAGUAGAGAGGCAUCGCAGAGAGCAGCAGCUUCCUCCUCUCAGAGGCAAAGAUAGAGGACGAGAAAGGGCGGUGGCAAGCACAGAGGUUAAGCAGAAGCUUCAAGAAUUCCUGUUGAGUAAAUCAGCAACAAAAGACACUCCAACCAAUGGAAAGAAUCAUUCCGUGGGCCGCCAUCCCAAGCUCUGGUACACGGCUGCCCACCACACAUCACUGGAUCAAAGCUCUCCACCCCUCAGUGGAACGUCUCCAUCCUACAAAUACACAUUACCAGGAGCCCAAGAUACCAAGGAUGAUUUCCCCUUGCGAAAAACGGCCUCAGAGCCCAACUUGAAGGUGCGGUCCAGGUUAAAACAGAAAGUGGCAGAGAGGAGAAGCAGCCCCUUACUCAGGCGGAAGGAUGGAAAUCUUGUCACUUCAUUCAAGAAGCGAGUGUUUGAGGUGGCAGAAUCCUCGGUCAGUAGCAGCUCUCCAGGGUCAGGUCCCAGUUCACCAAACAAUGGGCCUGCUGGAAAUGUUACCGAAAACGAGGCUUCAGUUCUGCCUCCCACACCUCACCCCGAGCAGCUGGUUCCGCAGCAGCGCAUUCUGAUUCACGAAGAUUCCAUGAACCUGCUGAGUCUCUACACCUCCCCGUCCCUGCCCAAUAUCACCCUGGGACUUCCAGCAGUGCCGUCCCCACUCAGUGCUUCUAAUUCCCUCAAAGACAAGCAGAAGUGUGAGACACAGAUGCUCAGACAAGGUGUCCCUCUGCCUGGCCAGUAUGGAAGUAGCAUUGCAGCAUCCUCCAGCCAUGUUCAUGUAGCAAUGGAAGGCAAGCCGAACAGCAGUCACCAAGCUCUCCUGCAGCACCUCCUGCUGAAGGAACAAAUGAGACAGCAAAAGCUUCUUGUGGCUGGUGGAGUUCCAUUACACCCCCAGUCUCCUUUGGCAACAAAAGAAAGAAUUUCACCAGGCAUUAGAGGUACCCACAAAUUGCCUCGCCACAGACCCCUCAAUCGAACUCAGUCUGCACCUUUGCCUCAGAGCACGCUGGCUCAGCUGGUCAUUCAGCAGCAGCACCAGCAGUUCCUGGAGAAGCAGAAACAAUACCAGCAGCAGAUCCACAUGAACAAACUGCUAUCGAAAUCUAUUGAGCAACUGAAGCAACCAGGCAGCCACCUUGAAGAGGCAGAGGAGGAGCUUCAGGGGGACCAAGCCAUGGAAGACAGAGCAACGUCUAAGGACAGCGGUACCGGGAAGGACAGCAGUGCUUGUGUGGAGGACACACUGGGACAAGUUGGGGCUGUGAAGGUCAAGGAGGAACCCGUGGACAGCGACGAAGAUGCUCAGAUACAGGAAAUGGAAUGGGGAGCAGGCUGCUUUAUGCAACAGACGCCCUUGCUGGAGUCCUCACACACGCGUGCACUCUCGGUGCACCAGGCUCGGCUGGCUGCAGCUGGCAUCGAUGGAUUAGAGAAACAUGGACUCCUCUCCAGGACCCAUUCUUCUCCUGCACCCUCCAUGUCACCUCACCCAGCCGCAGACUGUCCCCGCCAGCCUGCCUCUGCCACUGGAAUUGCCUAUGACUGUCUGAUGCUGAAACACCAGUGCAUCUGUGGCAAUUCCACCACCCACCCUGAGCACGCUGGGCGAAUACAGAGCAUCUGGUCACGGCUGCAAGAAACCGGGCUGCUAAAUAAAUGUGAGCGAAUUCAAGGUCGAAAAGCCAGCCUGGAGGAAAUUCAGCUUGUUCAUUCUGAACAUCACUCACUACUGUAUGGCACCAGCCCCCUGGACGGACAGAAGCUGGACCCCAGGACACUCCUAGGUGAUGAUUCUCGAAAAUUCUUUUCCUCGUUACCUUGUGGUGGACUCGGGGUGGACAGUGACACCAUUUGGAAUGAGCUGCACUCGUCCGGUGCUGCACGCAUGGCUGUUGGCUGUGUCAUUGAGCUGGCUUCCAAAGUGGCCUCAGGAGAGCUGAAGAAUGGGUUUGCUGUUGUGAGGCCCCCAGGCCAUCAUGCUGAAGAAUCUGCAGCCAUGGGGUUCUGCUUUUUUAAUUCAGUCGCAAUUACAGCCAAAUACUUGAGAGACCAACUAAAUAUAAGCAAGAUAUUGAUCGUAGAUCUGGAUGUUCACCAUGGAAACGGUACACAGCAGGCCUUUUAUGCUGACCCCAGCAUCCUGUACAUUUCACUCCAUCGCUAUGAUGAAGGGAACUUUUUCCCUGGCAGUGGCGCCCCGAAUGAGGUUGGAGUAGGUCUGGGAGAAGGCUACAAUGUAAACAUUGCCUGGACAGGCGGCCUUGACCCCCCUAUGGGAGAUGUUGAGUACCUUGAAGCAUUCAGGACUGUCGUGAUGCCUGUGGCCAGAGAGUUUGAUCCAGACAUGGUCCUGGUUUCUGCUGGAUUUGAUGCAUUGGAAGGCCACACCCCUCCCCUAGGGGGUUACAAAGUGACAGCAAAAUGCUUUGGUCAUUUGACGAAGCAGCUGAUGACAUUGGCUCAUGGACGUGUGGCAUUGGCUCUUGAAGGGGGACAUGAUCUGACAGCCAUCUGUGAUGCCUCGGAGGCCUGCAUAAAUGCCCUUCUAGGAAAUGAGCCCGGGCCUCUUGAGGAAGAUGUUCUCCACCAGUCCAUGAAUAUGAAUGCAGCCGCUUCUUUACAGAAGACCAUUGAAAUCCAAAGCAAGUAUUGGAAGUCGAUCAAGAUGGUGGCUGUUGCAAGGGGCUGUGCUCUGCCUGCCUCUCAGCUGCAAGAGGAGACAGAGACCGUUUCUGCCCUAGCCUCCCUGACGGUAGAUGUGGAACAGCCAUUUGCUCAGGAAGAUGGCAGAACUGCUGGUGAGCCCAUGGAAGAGGAGCCAGCCUUGUGAAGUGCCAAGUCUCCCCCGAUAUUUCCUGUGUGUGACAUCAUUGUGUAUCCCCCACACACAACCCCAGCACCCUCAGACAUGUCUGCUGCCUGGGUGGCACAGUUUGAUGGAACAUAAACACUGGGCACAAAAUUCUGACCAGCAGCUUCACUCGUUCUUUGGAUGGACUUGAAAGGGCAUUACAGAUUCCUGAAAUGUAACCACUGUAUAUCUAAAGUUACAGUAACCAGGGUUGGAAGAAACUGUUUCCAGCAUGCUUUUCUGCUGAUGACCCACUCCCAGAUACAAAGUGUGAGCGAGAAACCUUCCAUACAGCAUUCGAUAUCGUUCAUUUCAGAAGCUGUGACAGCCAGUGAAAUUUUGGGCAAAACCUGAGAUGUACCCAUUCCUGACAUUCUGACCAGUGUCUUAUUGUGUAGUUUACUGUCAAGUAGACUUAAAUUGUUUACAGGAUUUCUUUUCAGCUGUGAGUCGCUGGGAAUUGCAAACAGAUUGCUGCGGGUUUUAGGGAGUUUUUUUCUCUUUGUUAUACUUUU